AAAAAAAAUUCUAAAAAUUUUUAGAUGUCAUAAAUUCUUUUUUUGGCUUAAAAAUAAAUUAACAGUAAUAUAAUGAGUGAUUACGGAGAUGGGUUGGAGAGGAUGCUGAAAAUCCUGAACAGGAUCCACCCAAUGAGCAAGGACCUGGAAAAAUUGGUGAGCCCGACGAUGUUCGAGCAGCCGAACACUACCGGGUUCAUCCUGCUCUCACAGUACUUGCUGUCUACUUACGACCAGGAACGCUUUGAACAAGCUGUCCAGUGGCCGCUGCUGAAUAAAACUGAGGAAGGAAGGUACCGCGCUCAGGUGAAGAGCUUCAUUGGGACUGUCUUCGAGGAAAACGAUGACUUUACCAUGUCCUCUAUUCAGUCUUCACAUCUGCACACUGCACGUGGGGAACAUUUUAUCAACCUGAUGGUUGAUUUGACUUUGAUUGUUCUCAGGAAAGUUUGCGAGCGGCAAACUGGAAAAAAAGGUUUGAGAUAUCCAAAACAGUGGGACCCAUUGACAGAAACUCUUUUCACAAAUAUCACCGCUAAAAUGCAACAAGAUGCUAUAGAUAAGACAGAAAACUACGAGGAUAUUGAAAAACGAGCUGUGGAAAGAAUGAAAGAAACAUCUGAGCGUAUCACAAAUUACAACGAAAAUAUUUUUAAAUUAAAACCCGAAUUAGCAGAAGUAGUAGCCAAGUCUGAUGUCGAUGAAGAUCUCAAAAAGCGCCUGGUUGAUAUUAAAGAUAAAGAAGCUAUAAAAGAAAUGGCUCAAGAUGUUUACGCCAAAAUAGAAGAGCUCAGAAAGAAAGUAGAAGAGCAAGACGAACUAAUGAAAUACUCAGAAGAAAUAAAUAACCUAGUAAAAAGCGUCUGCGGCCAGGACCGCGUAAUUUUGGACGGAAGCAAGCUUCCCAAAGUAGAUCUAGAUAAACUGAGCAAGUACCCACUUAACCCAGAAGCGAGAGUCUUAGUUCAGAAGCUGUACAACGAAGACGGGCUCCUGGUUCUCCGAAACUGGCUGGUGGUCUUCAAAGCAGUGCUCAAUUGUUCCAGGAACAAUCUCACCCAAGAGGAAUUCACUCCGGAGGACAAUGAGGUCAUCAAAGAGCAAACGGAGGUCUUGAAAGAAAUGUCAGAAGAGCUGAGUCAGAUCCAAAUUAGAAUGAAGGAACUAGCUGAUAAAUUACCUAAAGAACAGCUGCAGCCGCGAGCUCCAGAUGACGGAAAGAUCCUCAAUCUGAGCCUCGAAUUGGAGAACCUGGGUCUUAUGACUGAGAAGCGGCUGCUGUUGACGCCCAAUACGUCUCUGCCUGCUCUGUUCCUCAAAACUGAUGUGUCUUCGCCGCUAGCAGGUCCUUCAACUACUAUUGUCAAGGACAUGCAGAUACCCAAGCUUAAGUUUGAUGAUUCCAUUGAUCUAGGCGCGACGGAGAAGAAGAGUCUUCCUCCGAAUUUGAUGAGACUCUUCACUGGAUCCAAGAGCGACCUUAUUAGUACUCAGAGCACUUCUGAAUUGGUCAGAAAUUAUACCUUGAAUCUGUCCAGUUCCUUUUGUUCCUUAGGGAAGAAAUCUUCCUUAAGGAGGGUCCUUUCUUCUAAUGGGUCACUGCUGGACCAAGAUGAAGCUAAAGAGGAGAAAAAUUUUGAUAGCAGCGAUGAAAUUAAAUCUAUGGCUGAUAUUCUUCGGAAAUAUAAAGCUGAUGGGGAUACUUCGAAGUUGUCUUCUUGAAAGUUAAAGUCGGUUGAUAUUAAUAUUGAUGUAUAUUUUUUUUUUUAAGUAGUUAUAGUGAUUGUUUAUCAAAUCUAGUUGAUCUAGAUGUAAAAGUUUGAUACUUUUAAAUUUUGUACUCCUUUUUUCAAAUAAAUUUUGUAAAAAAAUUAA